GCAGCUUUAAAGUGGGAGUUCGAAGUGUGCGUAUUGGAAUGUGUCAAAUCUGUCAAAUCGGUUAAAUCAAAACACACGUGAUUUUUCGUUUGAUGGAAGUUGUUUUUUGCUGUGAAACAGUUAGAAUGGAGCCAUCCGAGGAGACAAAACGAAGGCUCGCGGCCAAGAUCCAAAUGUGUAAAGGCGUCAACCCAGAUAAGCUGAUAAUGCUGGAAACAGAAGUUCCACUAAAUGUAACCAUAACUGAAAUCUUUCAGUUUAUGGUAAAGGAUCCUUGUCCUUACACAGAAAAAGAAAAAGAUUCUAACAAAGGCAUGGAAGCGAUCUUCUAUUUCAAAAAUGGUUGGGUGAAAAGAGUGAUCGGGAAAAAAAUUGACGACGUUUACGUCGUCCGUGGUGAAGUAAAACACUCGUUUUCACUGAACCAACCACCGCUUCUUCCGUGGGUUGUCAUCAAAGAUGAUGGAACGGUGCUGGCCGCUCACUGUACUUGCGCUAUCGGUUUAUUAGAGUGUUGUAGUCACGUGGGAGCAACACUUUUUUCAUUAGAUGAUUUAAGGGCGAAUGUACUGGAAAAAACUAUCCGUUACCGAUAUUCCAGCGUACUGGAAAACCGUUCCUAA